AUCUAGUUCCACUUCCUGGUUGUACAAUUACGUCUGAGUCCUGGUAUAUGCAGAAGCAGAAAAGAUUGUACAUUUUGUUGGAUUUGGGGAUUAUUCUGAAAGAGGUUCAAUUGUGUGGUGAGGGGCAGGAUUUACUUCUGUUUAUCCACAUAAUUUAUGUUCGGCAGCCACCAUCGCUGGUUAUGCAGCAUCUCUGAAGCUGUCGCGCUCUGUAGGUGUGUGUGUCCAACUGCCCUGUGUACCCAGGUGGAGUCUUCUGGAAUCUGGAUAGGAAAAUGACUCUCAACAAAGAAGAACACAGAGUUAAGAUGAUGCGAAGUAUGCCAGAGGAGGAUGAUGAGUCCUCGUACCCACAAGAAGCUCUGCGACCUCAUUCUGUACCAAAUGCAGAAUUCAGCCUCAGAGAUGAAGGCAGAAGAAUAAUUAUCUCCCCAAAUAAUAUGACUCGGGGUCAACGAGUAUACCCUACAAGUAAAGACACUGGAUAUGUAUCCAAUAUUUCUGAUAUACUGGGGACAGAGCAGCUGGAACCACCUGAAACACUUAUAUCACAUGACUAUCAUGCAAAUCAAAUGAACCCUUCAAUGCUCAGAGCAAUAAAUCAAGAGGCAAGAUGCUUCCAUUUCAACGAUCCCUGUAUCCGUCCACCCCUACAACCGCCUCGUCUGUGCCAGCCGUAUCUGCAAGUAAACCAGUGUGGCCCACAGAUAGAUUUUGCCAUGCCUGUUCAUGCUACUCCAUACAGUAAGCUUGGUAAUGAAGGACAAGCGUAUCAACAACAGCCGUAUCUGCAAGUAAACCAGUGUGGCCCACAGAUAGAUUUUGCCAUGCCUAUUCAUGCUACUCCAUACAGUAAGCUUGGUAAUGAAGGACAAGCGUAUCAACAACAGCCGUAUCUGCAAGUAAACCAGUGUGGCCCACAGAUAGAUUUUGCCAUGCCUGUUCAUGCGACUCCAUACAGUAAGCCUGGUAAUGAAGGACAAGCGUAUCAACAACAGCCUCAAAUAAGAAGAGAUCCCCCACCUCAUAAUCCACCUCCAGAGGACUUUGGAACAGGACUGAGGACAAGUAAUUUACCAUCUGACCAGCGCAGAGUUUUCAUAACAUAUUCAUUGGACGCUGCAAACUCCGUUAUACAGCUUGCCAAUCUUCUAUGCUCCAAUGGGUUCCAGGCAACAAUUGAUGUAUUUGAAGGAUCACUACGAGGGAUAGAUAUCAUUACUUGGAUGGAAAGAUAUCUCAGUGAUAUAAGUGUGAUGAUCAUCAUAGCAAUCACUCCUCAGUACAAGAUGGAUGUGGGAGAGGAUGUGAUUCACAGUAGGGAUAACCAUGGCUUACACACACGGUACAUCCACAGAAUGAUGCAGACGGAGUUCAUUAAACAAGGGAGUAUGAACUUCAGAUUCAUUCCUGUACUUUUCCCAAAUGCUACAGAGGAACAUGUGCCUAUCUGGCUGAAAAAUACCAAUAUUUACAGAUGGCCUAAUGAUAUACGGAGGCUAUUUCUACGUCUACUACGAGAGGAGGAAUUUAUUGUUUCCCCAGUUGGAGAACUACCGGUGCUGCAAGUGAGAACUAUCUGAGAUUGUAAUUCAUGUUUAAUACCAUCAAAAGAAAGGGCAUUGCAUUAUUCUAGGCAAGCCCUACAAUAAUAAAACCCAUUGGAAGCUCAGAGCCAUUAGGCCAUUAGCUAUGUGUGGUGAAGACUGCACCAACCCUAACAAAACGUUUAUAAAACCAGAUUUUAUUUUGUCUAGACUCUAUUCCUAAAUUGCCUAUUUGAAUUUUGGAAACAUAAAUCACCUUCCAUUUAAAUUGGUUUUUAGAAAGAGCUUUACGAUUUUAUAGUUAUACUUUCUUAACCGACCAAGAGAAUGCAUUUGAGUCAACAAUGUGUUUUAUUAGUUUGAACUACAAGUGUAGAAGAAUGAAAACAUUUACAAAAUUUUGAUCACAUUUCCUGCCUCAAACAAAGGGUUUGAUUAAAUUCUGCGCCGAUUAAAUAGCACCAAGAAUUAGCUCCCGAUGCAAUUCAAUUCAGCGAGAUGUGACACCCGAUGAGAGGAUUUCUGGAGGGGUGCAAGCAAAAUCCGACGAAAGCGCUGGCGUGAUGCUGAUUUCUGCCUUUAUCGCGGCGGAAUCAGCAUCAUGCCGGGCACUUUUGUAGUAGAAUGACGGUUCCCGCGGCAAAACAGCCUGUUUAAUCCGCGAGAACCAGCCUUCCCCGACAUGACAGCGUGCUGAAUUGAAUAGCACCGGGAGCUCAUUCCCGGUGCUAUUCAAUCUGUGCAGAAUUGAAUCCAGCACAUAGCUAAAAUAUGUCAGAUUCGUACAUACAACUCCUUAUUACUGAUAAAUGAAUUAGGAAUGUGUGUGCUAUUUGGAGAAAUAAGUCUGAGCAGCACAACACAUACAGAAAUGCUCUUUACCCGCAUAUUAAAGCACAUUACACAGACAACAUGCAGCACCUAACAUUCAACCAGUUUGCUAAGAAUAAAAUAAUGAAUAUUAGAUGAACAGACAAUGGGGGUCAUCCCGAGUUGAUCGCUAGCUGCUUUCAUUCGCAGCGCAGCGUUCAGGCUGAAAAUCGGCACUUCUGCGCAUGCGUAUGAUGCGCACGCGCAACGUACUUUCACACAAGCUCUAGCGACGCUUUUCAGUCGCACUGCUGAUCGUUGAGUGAUUGACAGGAAGUGGGUGUUUCUGGGAGGUAACUGACCGUUUUUGGGGAGUGUGUGAAAACGCAGGCGUGUCAGAUAAAAACGCAGGAGUGGCUGGGGAAACAUAGGCAUGGCCGGCCGAACGCAGGGCGUGUUCGUGACGUCAAAACAGGAACUAAACAGUCUGCAGUGAUCGCAAGCUAGGAGUAGGUCUCGAGCUACUCAGAAACGGCACAAUCUUUUUUAGUAGCAGCGCUGCGAUCCUUUCGUUCGCACUUCUGCUAAGCUAAGAUACACUCCCAGAGGGUGGCGGCUUAGCGUUUGCACUGCUGCUAAAAGCAGCUAACCAGCGAACAACUCAGAAUGAGGGCCUAUAACUGAUAACUAAGGGGUUAUUCAGGUUUGUUAGCAAACAAAAAAAAACACACUAAUGGGCAAAACCAUGUGCACUGCAGGUGGGGCAGAUGGUUUUGCCCAUUAGUGUGCUUUUUAGCCCAAACAAUUUGGUUUGCUAACACACCUGAAUAUGGCCCUUAGGGGGAGAUGUACUAAGCAGUUAAAAGAGUGGAGAAGUAAGCCAGUGGAGAAGUUGCCCAUGGCAACCAAUCAGCAUUGAAGUAACAUUUAUAAUUUGCAUAAUAUAAAAUUAAACAGAGCAGCUGAUUGGUUGUCAUGGGUAACUUCUCCACUGGCUCACUUCUCCACACUUUUAAGCUGAUUGGUUGUCAUGGGUAACUUCUCCACUGGCUCACUUCUCCACACUUUUAACUGCUUAGUACAUCUCCCCCACUAUUAUCUUGUAUAUUUUAAUACAAUAUUUAUUCUGUAGUUGUAAAUCUGAGCUUAUUAUUUAAAGAAAAAUAAAUACAAAUUAAACAUGGAUUUGUUGUAUGUUACCAGCAGAGGGCACCACCAGUUAACUUUUGUUAUUUAAUGUAGCAAUUUCAUAUUAUUUCAUUUCCAUGGUGACUUUUCAUUGUUCCUGUAAAUAUCAACUUGUGAUGUAUGCAUAUCAUUCCACAUUUCCCGUGCUGUCAUUCUCUGGCCACAUUUGAUUUUAAGUACUAUUAGAAUUAAGUCUUAAUUUAGUUAAGUGUUUCUAUUGUGGAACUGUUCUGUACAUGAGUCUUAAUGUUUAUUUCAUAUUCAUAUACAUUCUUAUUUCAUAUAUAGCAUUAUCUAUAAGGUACUAUUUGUAUUUUUAAAUUGUACAAGUGUUUAAUAAAAUCUGACACAUAUCAAUGAUUAC